AUGAUCGUCGCUCAAAUAUCUGAUAUUCGGCCCAAGCACGCCGGGGCAAAGUUCGGGCAAGCACCUGUCAAGAGGUUCCGAACACCCCUCCGGAUAGUCAACGCUGCUGACAAGCCAGCUAGACCAUCGUUGAUCAACCCACCACAUCGGAGUAAAUGUCGCCUGAGGACACGAUUGCGUGCUUCUUGUCCUCGUGCUAUUGUUUCAAUGCAGCGUCGUCAAGUUUUGGCCAACGCGGCCUCUCUACCCCUGCAGACUUUUGAGACAAAAUCGGGGGGUUACACGAAAAGUUUCCUCCUCGUCAGAAUGACUGUGUUUUUAAGCAUUCUGUUAGGCUACGCGUGUUACUAUCUGACCCGCAACAGUUUGACAUUCACGGCACCUGCCAUGGUGGCCUCACCCGCACUCGGUCUUGACAUCACUUCGAUUGGCGUAAUCACUUCAAUUUUUCCGCUGUGCUAUGGUUGCAGCAAAUUCGUCAGUGGUGUUGUCGGUGAUGUACUGUCGCCGAGCAUCAUGCUUGGAGGUGGGCUAAUGGCAACGGGUCUGGUCAACGUUGCCUUCGGGGCAAGCUCUACGCUGCCCGUGUUCUGUUUCCUCUGGGCUGGCAAUGGUAUUCUUCAAGGGUUUGGCGCUCCAAGCUGUGCCAAGAUUUUAACCUCUUGGUUUGCUGCAAAAGAACGAGGAACAUAUUGGGGCAUGUGGAACAUUGCCCAUAAUUUGGGAGGAUUUGCUGCCCCGAUACUUGCCGGCACGGCUGCAAGAACACUUGGAUGGAACUGGGGGCUGUGGGCCCCGGGAAUAAUCGCACUGUCUGUCGGGUUACUCAUCAUAUUAACAUUAAAAGACUCGCCUGAGGCACGAGGCUUUUCUCCUGUGGAGCAUCUCGAGGCUCCUGAAACUGAUCUGCAAAAGACUAUUGAAGGUGCUGCGCCUGAAGCUCCUCCGUUUGGUAUGCAGGAGAGAAACAUAAGUUUACUCGACAAUUUGUUUUUAAAUGUGCUGUCAAAUCCGUUCAUAUGGGGACUUGCGUUCACGUAUUUCUGCGUCUAUGUUGUUAGACAGGGCAUCACGUCUUGGUCUGUAUUUUAUCUUAUAAAAGAGAAAGGUGUAUUGGAUGCAGGUGCCGCAGCGGUACGGGUUUCUGGUAUGGAGCUUGGUGGGUUGUUUGGCAGCCUCAUUGCUGGACGCAUCAGUGACUGGUAUAUAGCCACCUCACCUGGAGGCGCCGUGGGAAAGCGGAUCCAAGUAGUGAUGGCUUACUUGAUCGGUGUAGCUGCGAUGCUGGCGGCUUUCAAAGCCGUCCCAAGUGGACUUCCAAUUCUACAAGCAAUAAUAGUAUUUAUGAUCGGAUUCUUCUUAUAUGGACCGCAAAUGCUUAUCGGAUUGUGCGGGGCAGAAAUCGUUGGCCGCCGUUCUGUGGGAGCGAGUGAAGGUUUCCUUGGUUGGAUUGCAUACCUUGGAGCUGCUAAUGCCGGCGUUCCCCUUUCCUUGCUGGUUCAGCAGUAUGGAUGGAAUGCUUUUUUUGCCGCCUUACUUUUGGCAUGUGCUGCUGCCAUCGUGCUGCUCGCCCCAAUCACGGGUGCACAGAGCCAUGUCCAGCGAAGUAUGAAUCAAUGA